AUGAUAGGAAUGAGAAUGAAUGCGUUUAACGACACCGGUCUCGGCGAACCCGAGCAGGAUGCGAACACGGCACUUAUAGAACUCGAUAAAGGCUUACGUUCUGCCAGAACCGGAGAGCAGUGCGAAGCUAUAGUACGUUUUCCCCGGUUGUUCGAAAAAUAUCCCUUUCCGAUAUUGAUAAACUCGUCUCUGCUGAAAUUGGCCGAGGUGUUUCGCACGGGGAGUAAUUUUCUACGAGUUUGGGUUCUAAGGGUGUGUCAGCAGAGCGAGAAACAUCUGGACAAGAUCCUGAAUGUGGACGAAUUUGUGAGGCGCAUUUACAGCGUCAUACAUUCAAAUGAUCCAGUCGCAAGAGCCCUUACUUUGCGCACGUUAGGCAGCGUAGCUGGCAUCAUCCCUGAACGGCAACAAGUGCAUCACAGUAUAAGAAGAUCCCUGGACUCGCAUGAUUCGGUCGAGGUAGAAGCUGCGAUAUACGCUGCGCAAAUGUUUGCUGCGCAGUCCAAGUUAUUUGCCGUGUCCAUGUGUAGCAAGAUCUCCGACAUGAUCAGAGGCCAAGCUACGCCCGCCUCGAUGAAAUUGCAGCUCAUACCUAUCCUGCAGUACAUGCAUCACGACACUUUCACAGCAUCGAUGGUAAAUGAAUUGUGUAUGGAGCUCCUCGCGAGUUACCCGGCAGCUGACUUCGUCAGAGUCACUCUCAGUGCAUUAAGUACGCUAGCUUCUGCGACGUUGAUAGAUGUUCCGCAACAGGUUGCAUUAUUACUGCGCUAUCUGCAAGACGACCCUAGAUUGUCGGUUAAACGCCACGCUUUGCAUUUUUUGCACAGUUUGGCGAGAAAGGGAGCGCACCUCUGGCCACAAGGUGCGCUUAACAAUUUAAUUGAAAGCACCACGACACUUCUGCAGGAUGGUACAGGAAACACGGAUCUCCUCAUUCGUACUUUGGCUGUCAUCGAGGUGCUUAGCCAGAGUGCCGUGACAUGCGACGCGAACAUGGAGGAAAAUAGUCCCUUGCUACAGUUAUGCUUGAACGCCUGUUACUCACCCGAUCCAUUUGUCGCGGUAAAGGCGAUAACUAUACUCGCCAGAGUGGCUUGCUACUGUUACGAGGAAGGUUUGCCUGCCUACGGCAUACAAGACGUAAUCUCUUGUCUGGAAUCUUUGAUCGUGCUUCUGGCUCUGGACGACAAACACUUGUACCAAUUGAAGGCUUGCUUGCGCUCGACGGUGAAGCUUUGUCAGUCGCAGCCUAGUCACUGCGCCGUGUUCGUCGAUGCCAUCGGUUCCACGCUCAUCAACGCCAGCGCGGAAAAUGGCCAGAACGAGAAUCAAACGGUCGCCUUGUGCGAGGCUUUAGGUGCUAUCGGUAGCUUGGGGGAAAAUACGCUGCUCUCUCUUCUGCCGGACAUUCUGUUAAAGCUGAAACAAACUUCACAUGUACAUACUAAGGUGAUGCUCUGUACGUUACUUUUCCAAAUGGUGGCUGGAGGAUACGAGUGGAAUUCAGAAUGUUUAGAGGCCGUGGACAAUGUCGUCAGGAAGGUAGACGGCUGGGCGAAAUAUCGCAUUGCGCGUAGCGCCGCGAGAUACGGUCACCAUACGAUCGCGACUGAAAUAUUUAAAAGCCUGAAAGAAACUGUAGCAUCCGAGCAACUUCACUUCUGGUUGUCCGGGUUGGAAUUAGUUACGAAAGCGGAAUGCUAUCUUACGCACAAAAAAGAAGGCGAAGACAAUUCAAGCAAAACGGAGAUCGUGGAGAAACUGAACGGCUCGAUAGCGCGUUACGCGAGCGCCUGUGCGUCCCUCAAAGCAGCAAGCACUCCGUUGCGCAGUUUGCAGUUCCCAAGUGAAUACUCGAAAUUACGCUGCGAGUUCUUGCAAUCCAUAGCGCAGCUAAUGCACUCGUGCAUAUCCCUGUGCACCGCACCACCACCCGCCAUAGCCGUCACGGUUGUCAUCGCAACGAAGGACGAUCUGCAGAGAUACGGGCGUGUCACGCAGCAGUUGAGAAAGUCCGCGCAAGAUUUGAAAAAUUGCGCCGACAAUUAUCAGAAGUUGUAUCAGUCUGCUUUCGAUGCCGACCCGGGAUCCUUGGCGAACAUCCGGGCAUUGCAAGAGAUGUGUCGGCUGAUGGCGAACAGCGUGGAACGCGUUUGCGGUGGACCUGGCGUAUCGGUGUGCCAGCAGCAGAAUGAUACCGUGAACUUCCAUUUCGGCGACGCCGUCGAGAUGCGGCAGUUGGCGCGUUGUUGUACCGAGCUGCGCCACUUGGCGCCGUCCUGGGUGAGCGCGGAUGGCAAACCCGGGGCUAUCAGUCACUUGAGAGCCAGCUGUUUAAUAUCGCAAGUGAUGUUGCUCGCCGGUGGGACCAUGAGGCUGCCGAUCCCACGGUAUUUCUUCCAGACUCUACAGACCACCAGCAUCAAGCUGUCCGUCUCGCCUCAGCCGCGUGUCCUCGGCGAACCUGUGUCCGUGCCGCAGGGUAGCCAAUUAGCACUCAAGGUCGAGGGAGUGUUGCGGCACGGUCGGCGAGCGUCGCUCUUCCGUUCGGUCGCUGCCGUCUGCAUUUCCAUAUCGACGGCGCCACCUUCAAAGAUAAAUUCGGAUCAGAAGGAUUCCAACAUGAACGAAUUGCAACAAACGGUAACACCUCAUCGCGAAUUCUUCGCCUGUGAGUUUUUACUAUCCCUGGGUACACCUAGACCCGCGAUAGCACCCUGCCCAGCUGGAACAAAUUCCGCUGGUAAUGCGGGCAGCGGUGGUCAGUAUCAGAUCACGGCAAGUGCGAGUAUACUCGAUAAGGAUGGCAAUGUGUGGAAGUGCGGCCCGCGCUCCACCCUUCCUGUUAGGGUGCAUGAAGAGCCUACGAAGAGAAAGUUACCUUAAACAUCUGUGUCAAUAUCUGGCAAUUAUUUAUAUUAUAUUUGAUAAAUGUUAAUAAAAGUUAAUAAAGUUUUUACAUUAAUUAUCAUAUG